AUGAAGGAAGGCGGCUCGCACAAGAAGCGGGGUCGCGAUGAGCGUGAAGUCCUUCCACUCUCAGUGGGGCGUUCACAUCAGGAGAAGCAGCAGCAGCAGCGGCUGUUGCGUUGCCCGUGGUGCAGUGACGGUUACCUGCUGCAGCCUCCCGCUGAUACUGAUGCUGACGGUGUUGAGAGAGCAACGGAGGAGGUGGAGGUGGUGGUAGAAGGCCACCUCUGCACGAACCGCACGGCGUGUCCGCACCGUGAGCUGCUGUGGCGAGACACCAGCAUGGCGUUCUCCGGCAUCCGUGCCGAGGGACUGCUGCGCCGCUUCUACGGUGCAUUGGACGCGCACCUCCAAUUGUGCGAGCGAGACGGUGAGUCGCCGCAGCCGCGUCGUGGUGGAGGUUGUGCGUGGAGCAUCGUAGCGGAGCGGAGUCCGCUUUUUGUGGCAAUGGGCGAGGAGAGGGCCCUGGCGGAGGAAGAAGAGGAGGGGUGCGCGUGGCCUCCGCGGUUUGACGCCAAUGCGCCUGUCUUUUACUUUUUGGUGUGUGAAGACUGCGGUGAGAAGGUCUUCGUCUGUUGA